AUGGGCGUGCUGCACUCCACGCCCUCGAGGUUGGUCGACGAUCUGGCUCGUUUGAAUGGAACUCUCGUCACUUCAACCGCUGAAGACGCACUGGACCAAGACAAAGGCGGAGGCUACGAUUAUGUGAUUGUCGGUGGUGGCACUGCGGGUUGCGUCCUAGCGUCCCGCAUCUCCGAAGACCCUGGCGUUUCCGUUCUCCUGGUUGAGGCAGGCGCAAGGCAAAAUAUAUUGAGUAACAUGCCAAUGGGCGCCACAAUGCUCUGGCACACGGAGGCAGAUUGGGACUUUCACACAACUCCCCAGCCUCAGCUAGACGACAGAAGCAUCCACUGGCCCAGAGGCAAAAUCCUAGGAGGAUCGGGUUCAAUCAACUACAUGGUCUUCCACCACUGCGAUCCAGCAGAUUUCGACGCUUGGGAGCGUCUGGGGGCAAAGGGGUGGGGAUACGAAUCUCUCGAGAAGUACUUCAUCAAGUCGGAGAGACAUAUUCCCCGUCGUCCCGGAAGCACAGCUAAACGUGGGCAAGAUGGCCCUAUCGUCUGUCGAACACCCCUAUACCCUCCGAUCCAAGAUGUUAUUGUUAAUGCCGGCGCAAACAUGGGCAUAUCUCCUAACCAGUGUUUCAACACAUCCGAGGGUACUUCCGGCGCGGGAAACUUCGAGGGCUGUGUUGACGAGAGAGGUGUUCGACACUCGACCGCAGCUGCCUAUCUCACUCCCGAAGUUAUGCAACGUCCAAAUCUCACGGUAGCUAUUCAAGCGAUGACGGAGAAGAUCCUCUUCGCGGCGACUGCCGACGAACUACCCACGGCGGUUGGAGUGCUGCUUUGCAAAGACGCAAAUGGACCUCGCUACAUGGUGAGGGCACGCAAAGAGGUGAUCAUCACGUCGGGCGCCAUAGGAACUCCCCAUCUCCUGCUGCUGUCAGGCGUAGGACCGCGCUCCCAGCUGUCUCAGUUUGGCAUUCCACUCGUCUGUGACCUCCCUCAAGUCGGAGAACAUCUACUGGAUCAUUUCCUGCCAGGCUCCAUGAACUUCCGGAUGAAGCCCGGCCAUUCCUGGGAUCCUCACUACUACGAGUCCUUGCCAAGUCUGUUGGCAUUAAUUCGGUACCAGAUGUUUGGUACGGGCCCCUUGGCAGGUCUGCCAGUUCCAACCGCAAUUUUCGUACGUUCAGGCGACCCCAAGCUCAGCUCCUUGUUCGGCACUCCUCUUCCAGUCGCAGAUAUGGCAUCCGGCCCGCGCGCACCAGAUAUGGAAUUAGGCAACGGUUCUGCAUGUGCGACGGAGAACGGCACGAAGCCACCCUACGGAGCGCGUGGGAUCGCUACAGGCUGCGUGGUACUCAAACCGCAGAGCAAGGGCACUGUCAAAUUACGCUCUGGGAGGAUUUUCGAUCAUCCCGAGAUCAACCCCAACUACCUUUCCACGGAGAGCGAUUGGAACAUGGCCAUUAUGAUGAACAAACUACUCCUUCGACUUUUCCGGACGUCCCCUCUAUCAGAACUCGCAGAUCUGCGCAACAGCGAGGAGUCUGUCGACGAUUUCUUCUGGCCGGGAGACGCCAAUCCGGACAAGUUUUCCGACGACGACAUGCGAGACUUUAUCCGCAAGCAUGGUCGUACGGCGUGGCACCCGACUUCCACUGCGCGGAUCGGCACGACGGCGGACAACAGCGUGGUGGACUCCAACCUACGAGUGCACGGGGUUCGCAAUCUGCGAGUCUGUGACGCUUCAGUGUUUCCAGACCAAGUGUCAGGCCAUCCUUUUGCUGUAAUUGUCGCGAUGGCGGAGAGGGCAGCGGAUUUGAUCAAGGGGAUGUCAUAA